CUGCCAAUUAUGUGGCAAGACGUUCCUCACCCUGGAGAAGUUCACUAUCCACAAUUAUUCCCACUCCAGGGAGCGACCUUACAAGUGCUUGCAGCCAGACUGUGGCAAAGCCUUCAUUUCCAGAUAUAAAUUAAUGAGAAUGAGUUGUUAGAAAUUCUUUUGUACCCAAAGCCACAAGUUCAAUUGCAUCUCAGAGGCGUGCAGCCCGUCUCCAGUUCUUCAAGAUCCCACUGAGACACCCUCAGCCUGCUUCGUGAAGGUCACUGGCACAUGGCUACCCAUUCGCCCCAGAAAUCUCACCAGUGUGCUCACUGUGAGAAGACGUUCAACCGGAAAGACCACCUAAAAAACCACCUCCAAACGCAUGACCCCAACAAAAUGGCCUUUGGGUGUGAGGAGUGUGGGAAGAAGUACAACACCAUGCUGGGCUACAAGAGGCACCUGGCCCUCCACGCGGCCAGCAGUGGCGACCUCACCUGCGGGGUCUGCGCCCUGGAGCUAGGGAGCACCGAGGUGCUGCUGGACCACCUCAAAGCCCACGCGGAAGAAAAGCCCCCCAGCGGCACCAAGGAGAAGAAGCACCAGUGCGACCACUGUGAGAGAUGCUUCUACACCCGGAAGGACGUGCGGCGCCACCUGGUGGUCCACACAGGCUGCAAGGACUUCCUGUGCCAGUUUUGUGCCCAGAGAUUUGGGCGCAAAGACCACCUCACGCGACAUACCAAGAAGACACACUCGCAGGAGCUGAUGAAAGAGAGUCUGCAGUCUGGAGACCUUCUGAGCACCUUCCACUCCAUCUCUCCCCAGUUUCAGCUGAAGGCCGCCCCGCUGUCUCCCUUCCCUCUGGGGGCUCCCGCGCACGCGCAGAACGGGCUCGCCAGCGGCCUGCCCGCUGAGGUACACGGCCACGCCCACAAUCCCUCGGAUCCAGCCUCCCAGCCUGUACAGGCGCUGCCGGAGCCCCUGGCCCCCCUCCACCCCGUCACCUCUCCCAGCUCCCCUCCCGCGCCCCUCCAGAAUCACAAGUACAACACCAGUUCUACCUCAUACUCCCCACUUGCAAGCCUGCCCCUCAAAGCAGAUACUAAAGGAUUUUGCAAUAUCAAUUUGCUUGAGGACUUGCCUCUGCAAGAGCCUCAGUCACCUCACAAGCUCAACCCAGGUUUCGAUCCGGCUAAGGGAAGCGCUGGUAAAGUGAGCCUGCCCAAGGAGCUACCUGCAGAUGCUGUGAACCUAACGAUACCUGCCUCUCUGGACAUUUCCCCCCUGUUGGGCUUCUGGCAGCUGCCCCCUCCUGCUACCCAAAACGCCUUUGGGAAUGGCACUCUCACCCUGGGGCCUGGGGAGUCUCUGCCCCACAGGUUAAGCUGUCUGGGGCAGCAGCAACAAGAUCCCUCACUAGCCAUGAGCACUAUGAGCCUGGGCCAGCUGCCCCUCCCCCCCAUCCCCCAUGUUUUCCCAGCUGGCACCGGCUCUGCUAUCCUGCCUCAUUUCCAUCAUGCAUUCAGAUGACUGGUUUUUAAAGCGUCCUUUUCUUAUUCUGGAAGAUGUGUUUUAAGGAGCAUGUAAGCAUCAGUUAUGCUACAAGGAGAGAUUUGGAAAGCGGGACUGGAAAUACGGCUAAUUCAGUGAUGACUGGCUUGAGAUAAGAGAGUUCUCGAACUGCAUGUAUCGUGCCAAUUGUCCUGAGUGUUCAUGCUUUGUACCAAAUUUGAUAAGCAAGUAUUCUUUAAUGGAACUGCAAAUAUUGUCAGAACCGACAUCCAAACGAGGGCUGCUAUAUAUAGGUGUUUGUCAAAUUGAAUUUAAUCGUAAGCCAUGAUCAUAAUAAUGUUAACUAAUUUUAUGUGGCACUGCCUAGUAAAGGGAACUAUGGGAAGGUUUGGCUUUCUCCAAAAUGGGAGAAUUUUUAAAAUACAAAAUAACCUUUAUAUUGCAUAUUAUAACUAGGCUGUGUAUUUCUUUUCAGGGAUUUUUCUACCUUCAGGGUUGGAUGUAGUUUAGUUACUAUUGCCAUAGCCAACCUGUAGUUUUACAGAAACAAUUUCUUGUGGAAUAAUAGACGUCUCCAUUUUAAAAAAGCAUUUUAAAUGUAGUUUGAAUAUUUUCCACAAGAUGCUACAAUGUGAGUUAUCACUUCAUGUAUCUUAAAAGACUAAACUGGUUGUCAGUUACAUCUGACAGAAAAAAAAAAAAAAUCACUGUGUAACCAGGUUAAGUGGUAAAAUAAUCCAGGCGUCAGUCAAAAGAAAGCAUUUUGCUGACUUUAAUAUUGAUUAUAUUUUUAACAGGAAUUUAAGAAAAUAUUACUGGAAUUUUAAAAUAUAUAUAUAUAUUAAACAAGAAUUUUCUUUGCUCUGUCUGGCUUAAAAUACUACUCUGCUUAAGUAUUAUUUUUAAUCACCAAUAAAUGCAUUUAAAUUCAUCAUUUAAGUCAAUAUUAGUUUUUUUCAAAAGGAUAACAUUUGCAAUGUAACUAUAAUCUAUGUCUUGAAUUUGGUAUCUAAUGAGUUUAAGAAUAUAAAAACCUAACCUUUUUUUUUUUUUAAAGCUCCUUUGUCUUUUGUGUUUAGAGGCUUUCUAUAUGAAGAUAUAUCUUACAUAUAAUAAACUCUACAAAUCCUGCA